CCUUGGAAGCCCAUUAGGCCGAUCAUCGUCUUCUUCAAUCAGCCUCGGGAACCAACAAUGGAAGCAGGUUAGCAUUUGCAUUCGAAACACCAGUGACCAACCGGCGUGCGGAAGCUCGUAUUGAACUCAAUUGAAGGCUGAAGGAUUCAAAUACAUGGCUUUAACGAAUUUCAUCUUGACGGUGGCCGGAGUUAGCGCCGUGGUUCUUCUUUUGAGGAGCGAUGUGAAGCAAUCGGCUUCAAUCUUCAGGCGCAACGUCAAGCACAUCCGCCAGUGGCUUGAAGAAGAAUCUGCCUCUGCCUCCAAGACUGUGGAGAAAGCAACCAAGGAGCUGGAAGCCAAGACUUCUCAGAAAGACAUUCCCAAAGAUGACAAGCACUAAUGUCAAUAUUGGUCAUUUAGCAAUGUAAACCUGUUAUUGAAUCAAUCUCUCCCCACCCAGCCAAAUUUUGUUGUCCACUUCACUACAAAAAGUCUCUGUUACUUUUCAGUGUUCCUUUUCAUCCCAGUUUAGUAUCUGAUCCCUUCGGCCAAGAUGAAAAAUAACAUGAUUUCUCGUUACAUAGAAACCCUAGUCUGUUAAAUAAGAUAUCUCUACAUCCUUACGUUUUUAUAUGAUUGAGUUAAAUGGCUUGCCUAAUACCUAUGUCUUUCUGUUAUUCUUGACUUGUAAGACAACUCAAGAUCUGCACUGAAAGGGAGAUCUGUUCUCAUUUACACGGCGGAUUGUAGUUAGUUAUUAAAACUAAUUUAUUCAGUGGCCUAUAAUAAUUAGAGGUGCUGGACUGCCACCCCCCCCAGUGCAAGGAUAAUUGCUGUCUCACUUUAUAGCAUUUAGGUUGACUUCAUUUUGAUUAUAAUUAUGUCUGCCUUGUGGAGAGAUUGUUUCCUGUCAAAAAUCAGUGUUUAGAAAUUGUGCAAAUUUAUUUCCCUACUGAAUUCCAUAUUUGGUAUCAUUAUUUGAGGUCAGCCUCAGCCAUGUAUUGAUACAGUCCCUCUUUGUUGCAUUAUGUUCUGUAUAUAUCAGGUUACAAAGAUUUCUGAUGUUUUCAUACAUCACAUGUAAUAGAAUAAAGUAAAAGUAGAUAUCAUUUUGAUA